UGAUCAGUUAAGCCUAAAUAUAGCAAAGGCAAAACAAAUGAACGGCAGACAUUACCUGUACGAGCCCGGAACGACACCGCUGCGACAGCGAGAGGUUCUGCCGCCGCCUGAACACUGGCAACGCGUGACUGUGCAUGAGAAAGGUGUGAUGGGGGGAGAUGCAGGUUAG